AUGAGUAAUGAGGAUCCCGGCAUUUCAGGCAAUAAAUAUACUGUUAGUGUUGGUUUAAGUGACCAAGUCCCGUAUGAUAAUGAUGCAGACAAUAUAUGUGUACAGACGGGUGAAGAAUUUUCUGCUGAGUUCUUACGCGAUCGGGUUGCUUUAAGGAGAUUUCCUAUCAUAGCCGAUGCAGACCAGCGCCUGCCAAAUAGAUUGGAUUUUAAUACUAAUUAUAACUACCAGCUGGUUUAUGAGGAUCUAAAGCAUGCUCUUGGGCUAAGGAGAAUGGAUUCUGAUAGUAACUCGGAUUCGUCAGAGAUUGCUUUACCCAGGGGAUACGUUGCUGAAGUUGACAACAGGGCUUAUCCUAAUAAUUUGAGUAGAUACCAGCUAGAACAUGGCAGUAACAGACAAGUAUCAGGUAAUUUUUCUGAAGGAGUUUUUUGUGAUCAAGUUACUUCAGGACCAAAUGCUCCAUCUAUUUACACCAUUGAGUCUCCUAGUUCUUGUCAUCCUCAUGGAUCCAUAUUCUCAGAAGGUUCUCUCUAUAAGAAGAUAAAGUUUCUGUGUAGUUUUGGAGGUAGAAUACUACCCAGGCCGAAUGAUGGGAAGCUCAGAUAUGUGGGUGGAGAAACGCGGAUUAUAUCAAUCAGGAAGAACAUUACACUGGAGGAACUAAUGAGGAAGACUUCUGCUAUUUGCAAUCAAACUCAUAUUAUCAAAUACCAGCUUCCUGGAGAGGAUCUUGAUGCUCUUAUUUCUGUUUGUUCUGAUGAGGAUCUUCAUCACAUGAUCGAGGAGUAUGAAGAGCUUGAAAGAGCUGGAGGCUCUCAACGACUGAGGAUUUUUCUCAUACCUUCAAAUGAGUCUGAGAGUCCAAGUUUCAAUGAAGCAAGAGUCAAUCAGCCUAGUGAUGCUGAUUAUCAUUAUGUUGUUGCUGUUAAUGGUAUGCUGGAUCCAAGUCCACGAAAGAAUUCCGGUGGGCUGAGUUUGGCAAACCAUACUGGCCAGUUUGGAAAUACCUCUGAUUACAACAGUCCACGUUUCCAUAAGGAUUCAUCCACAUCUGCAUUGGCUUUAGAGGUGGCGGAUUGCAGCCCUACUUCUGCAAAUUUGGCAGGCAUAUUCUCCAAACCUGGUCCUCAAUUUUUAACAGCACUGCAGGUAGCAGGCAAGUCAUUUAAUCAAAUGCCUCCUUUAUCUCCCAUUUGUGUACAGCCUAAAGAUCCUAAAAAUUCUAAUGUACAGCUAUUUAUGGAUCAGCCAUAUAAUGUUAAUGAAAGUAUUAUUCCCUUUGUUAUGGAAAAAGUUACACGUGACAACUCUUUGUACGUAGACAAUAAUACCGAUUACGUUGAUCCGAUUGCAUUCUAUAACAAUCUUGCUCAAGGGCCUCCAUUUGUGAACUACCAUCCUAGUAAUCAAUAUCUGUUGGAGUCUGAUCAGGCCAGGAAGCCUAUUGAUGAUUUUCAUUUUCACAGACAAAAUAACAGCAAAGAUUUUGACUCUUCUGCAAUAUGUAGUCAAACUGAUAUGAUAUUUGAGAAACCUUUAGUUACCAACGAAGGUUCAUAUCAGUUUAACAACAUCGUCUCUCAUCCUCAUGAUUCAUUGAGUUUAUUAUCAACGUCCGGUGAUAGAAAGGGAUCUCAGUACAGAAUAUUGCAUACACUUUCUGACUCGACACUUCAGGAGAAUGACAAGAACUAUAAAGUUCACUUGCAGUUUCCCCGUAGUGUAGAAAGAGACAAAUUGCCAUCACCCGAAACUUCAUGUUCUUAUGAAGAAUUUUCAGUACAACCCGGAGAGAUAAUUGAUGGGAAAGAACAUGUGGCUAAGUAUCAAAACUUCCCCACUUUUGGAAUGACUGAUAGUUGCAAGAGAGCACCAGGGAUUGGUAAAGACAACUUGCAACGUGCAGAGAAAAGCAAUGAUUGGUUUGAAGAAAAUGUUGGAGAUAUGUCACGAGGCAGUGCCAUAGAUUUAAAACAUUCACAGUACAUCAACUACCAAAAUGUUGUUUGCUCAUCUUCGCCAGAUUUACAUAGCACUGAAUCACAUGUAUCUGCUGCACCAUUUAACUCUUUAGAAUCCACAAGGAACUCGAGGAAGCAACCACAUGGUCUACCAUUAGACACAACUGCUUCUGAGUUUUCCAUUAGGAGCCAAAACUCAUCAAUGCAUCACCAAUAUGCUAUGCUUGAGACAAAAGACAAUCAACCACUCCCCCCUGUCUCUUUUGAGUUGCAACCUAUUGUGUCCCAAACUGACAAAGAGUCCAUACCACCUAUCUCUUAUACAGACAUGGGUUCUUCUUCCCUAAGAGAGGUUGUUAUCUCUCAUGAGGAUCCUGCAUACUACCUGCACCAAAAGGAAGAAAAUGCAUUCAUUAACAGACAAUCUUCUGGAUACAUCAAUGAAUUUUGCGCCAACGAGCCAGAAUCAGUAGCUGUUGCCACGGGGCCAAUUGAUUAUAUUUCUUCAGGUAUCCAGUCAUGCUUACAAAUUGUCUCAAAUGUAGAUGAAGAGGUUGAAGUUGAACCUACAUCUCCUGAAAAGGAAGGGGUAGAGUGCGUUAAUCCAGAAUCUGAAAGUGAGCUUGCAAAAGCUGCUGGUGGAAACUUCAAUAAGCCUAUUGGCGAUACAGCAACUGCUGAAACAGGGGCUGAAAUUUAUGGUUUACAGAUUAUUGAGAAUGGUGAUCUUGAAGAACUGCAGGAGCUUGGAUCUGGAACCUAUGGAACUGUUUAUCAUGGAAAGUGGAGGGGAACUGAUGUUGCAAUUAAGAGAAUAAAAAGUAGUUGUUUCUCUGGUAGAUUGUCAGAGCAAGAGCGGUUGGGUAAAGAUUUUUGGAGAGAGGCACAGAUUCUGUCAACUCUCCACCAUCCAAAUGUGGUGGCAUUUUAUGGGGUAGUUCCAGAUGGCCCGGGUGGAACAUUGGCAACAGUCACAGAAUACAUGGUGCAUGGAUCACUCAGGAAUGUUCUCUUGAAAAAGGAGAGAGUGCUUGACCGUCGUAGAAGGCUCAUAAUUGCAAUGGAUGCAGCCUUUGGCAUGGAAUAUUUGCAUUUGAAAAAUAUUGUUCAUUUUGAUUUGAAGUGUGAUAAUUUACUUGUCAAUCUGGGCGAUCCUGAACGACCUGUUUGUAAGGUUGGAGAUUUUGGCCUAUCAAGAAUUAAACGCAACACACUUGUUUCUGGUGGUGUUAGAGGAACCCUUCCAUGGAUGGCACCAGAAUUACUGGAUGGUAACAGUUGUAGGGUAUCCGAGAAGGUUGAUAUUUUCUCAUUUGGCAUUACAAUGUGGGAAAUAUUGACUGGGGAAGAACCAUAUGCUAACAUGCACUGUGGUGCUAUCAUAGGAGGUAUUGUCAGUAAUACGCUCAGGCCCCCUAUUCCAAAACGCUGUGAUUCUGAGUGGAAAAAGUUGAUGGAAGAGUGCUGGAGUCCUGAUCCUUCAGCCAGGCCAUGCUUCACUGAAGUUAAAAAUAGACUUCGCAACAUGUCAGCUGCACUGCAGAAAAAGAGACAUAUCAAUCGAUGA